AUGGCAUCCGACGAAGAUUACAUGGCCUUCUUAAACAAGGCGAACAAGAAUCCGAGCGAAGGAUAUACAAAGGCACAGAGCGCAAACAAGCAAGACUUCAAGGCGACUGACGAAGGAGCGCAAAUCCCUGCUGUUAUUCAGGAAGCAACCAAUGAUAGCUUUUACGUGAGCGACGCCGACGAACCGUUCGUACCUGUCUAUCUGGCAUGGGACGAGAGCGGUAAAGGUUUACCAGACGAAGAGGAAUUCGCAUCCUUGAUACACCAUCCAGACCCGUCAAAUGCGCAGAUUGAAAUUCAAGAUCCCGCGGACUGGGACACGCAGGGUCAGUAUAAGUCGAUUCUAGAUGCGGUGCGCAAAGCAGGCAAGGGGAAUGACGUCCGGGUGUAUCGAGUCUCGAAAGGAGGCGUCAAAAUCGAGUAUUGGGUCGUUACGACGGAAGGUAAUGGACCAAGCGCGAAGCUCGUUGGUGUUAAGGCGCUAGCGAUUGAGAGUUGA